CAUGUCCUUCCCUUUCCUCCAACUAUCCAUCACCAUCCUAUCCCUCCUCAGCAUCAUCUCCCCAAUGCAAGCAGACUACGCCGACCUCGUUAACAAACACUUUAUCAACCUCAGCCCCCGCGCCGGAAGCCGGCUUCUCGCCCACAAGUCCGAACAGCUGCACCACCAUUGCUUCUCGGCGGAAAACACCACUUGCCCUGCUGAAACACCGCGCAGAAAGCAGAACGAACAGCUAACCUGCUGCAGGAACCGCUGCCGCGAUAUCCUCUCAGACCGCAACAACUGCGGCCUGCGGCCACCCUGCGGCCACAAAUGCGGCUUCGGGGAGCUGUGCUGCAACGGCAUGUGCGCGGCCGUGGCUUACGAUGUGCGCAACUGUGGCGCGUGUGGCAGGGGUUGCAAGCAUAAGCUGCGGGGCAUAAGCUGCGGUGCGAGUACGGCACGUGUGGCUACGCUUAAUAUGAAGGUGUCAAGACAUGUAGUUGAAAGCAGGGGCCGCCAAAGGCCAAUGGUAAGUAGUAGCAGCGAUGAUGACCAACAGGGUUCGUUGGUGACCCACAAGCGGUUGUUAGAGGCUAUCUACAUCCUCUUCUUUCUCUUCAAUCGAGCCAUCUGA